AUGGAGGGCAAAGAAAAUAAAAUCUUAAGUUGUCUUGUAAAAGGUCCUGGUCCAGUUUAUAAAUUACCAACGUUAGUUGGCUACAAAGAUCAUGAUCCAUCUCGGUAUAGAAAUCCAGCAUAUAGUAUACGAGCUCGAACUGGUAUAAAGACAUUUGUAAUAGGACCUGGUCCUCAUUACAAUGUCAGAAAUUUAACAAAAUUUGGGUCAGAUAAUCCACCCGCUUAUACAAUCAGAGGAAAGAAAGCUUGGAGUAUGCCAGAUCAUGUUCCAGGACCUGGAGCAUACUCUCCCGAGUUAUGUCCACCGAUGAAUCACAAUCGUAGAGCACCAGCUUACAGUAUCAAGUCACGAAGUGUAACAAAAUUUCUAGAUGAAGGGCCCGGACCAAAUUCGUACUUUUUGCCGACAUGUAUAGGACCCAAAGUUCCUGAUAAGUCUGCUCAGAGUGCAUUUUCUAUUAUUGGUUAUCGUAAGAUGCACGAAGAAAUUUUGACAAAGAGUCCAGGCCCAGCCGCAUAUAUCAAAAUAAAUUAUGAUAUGAUAAAACGACGGAGUCCAGCAUAUAGUCUAAAGGGAAGACACAUUUUAUCAGAAAGAUAUCGCAGUCCAGCACCAAUCUUUUAUCCGUUGUAUGAUACACGAAAACGUUCACCUAUAUAUUCAUUUGGUAUAAAGCAUAGUGAAUGCGUCGGAAUACCUAUGACACAGCUGGACGAGGAUUAAUAGUUUUAUAAUUGAAAAUU